UUUUGCUCCGUGCGUGUGAGAAAGGAAGAAAGGAGGGUAGCUUAUAGUGAAGUGCAGCUGGGUUGGAAAAGGGCAAGGGGUACUUUUUUUUUUCAAUAUUUUUUAUUCAUCCAUUCUGCCCGUUUACAUCUCCUUAUCCUGGCGAAAGGUUGAACGGUUAAAAUGGAGGCGGACAGAACCGGCGGAGGAUCAAACCCGAACUCCGGAGGCGGCGGCAGCAGCGGCGGCGGCAACGCCGGAGCGGGGCGCAACCCAAACGGGCCCAAAGCAGCACCGAGCCAGGCGACAUCAGCUGCUGCGACCGGGGCGAUGGCAGCGGCCGCAGCAGCAGCAGCCGCCGCCGGGGCUGUCCCCGGACCGUUGCAAUCUCGGGAGCCGCAAGACGCGGAGUCGGGUAUGACGCUUCCUGGGAUCCUGCAUUUCAUCCAGUACGAGUGGGGACGCUUCCAGGCCGAGAAAUACCGCUGGGAGGCUGAGAGAGACGAACUCAGGGCUCAGGUGGCGUUCCUUCAGGGUGAGAGGAAAGGGCAGGAGAAUAUGAAACAGGACCUGGUGAGGCGAAUCAAAAUGCUGGAGUACGCUCUCAAACAAGAGAGGGCUAAGCACCAAAAGCUGAAGACAGGAAAUGACCAGAGUCCUGGGGACAAGAAACCAGAGACGGAGGCAGAUCAACUUCCCAAUGGGCCGGCUGAGUCAGAUUCAGAGCCAGCCAAUCAGAUGUCCUGGAAGGAGGGACGUCAGCUACUACGCAAAUAUCUUGAGGAAGUGGGUUAUUCAGACACCAUCCUGGACAUGCGUUCUAAGCGUGUGCGCUCCCUUCUCGGGCGGAGCAGCCCUGAAGCUAAUGGGCCCCCACCCAGUGAGAGCUGUCCUGAGCCUGAACCACGAGCAGGUGGAGAGUCCUUGUUGGUCAGACAAAUAGAGGAACAAAUAAAAAGGAAUGCGGGCAAGGAAAGCUCUAAGGAACGUGUGGGUGCUUCGGUGCUUGAUAAGAUCCCCUUCCUGCAUGGCUGUGAGGAUGAUGACGAAGAUGACAGUGAUGAGGAAGAUGAAUUCCAAGGCAUGGCCACGGACUGCAUCGAUGGUCCACGCAAGAGCAAAAAGUCUCGUGUAAAGAUGGGUUCGGAGCCUAUGACCACAGAUCUGGACCCUGAAGACGAGGAGGACGAAGACGACUCAGAAGAUGCCCUCAGUGAAUUUGACUUCCUGGGCUCAGGGGAGGAUGGGGAGGGGGCGGGAGAGGCCCGGAUCUCGGGGGAUGGACGGGAGUUAGAGAACCGCAGGAACAAGUUACAAGGAAUGAUGUCAGACUUCCCCCCUAAACCUAGCCCGCCCCCAUCUGUAUCCGGACAGGCUCGCUCCGGGGAAGGUGGUGCCCUGGGUUUCUCCUCUGACGUCUUCAUCAUGGAUGCCGUCGGCGGAGGUGACAUGAACCUUGGAGAGCUGGCUGAUCUCACUGUUGCCAAUGACAACGAUCUUUCCAUGGAUAUGCAGGAUAACAGAGAGGAGUUUAAAAAGACAUGGAACCCCCGUUUCACACUACGCAGUCACUUUGAUGCCAUCCGCGCUUUGACCUUUCACCCCAGCCAAGCAGUCCUGCUCACAGCCUCGGAGGAUGGUACACUAAAACUUUGGAAUCUUAACAAGGCCAUGCACUCUAAAAAGAAUGCAGCUUUGGACGUUGAGCCCAUCUACACAUUCAGAGCACACAAUGGAGCCGUUCUGUCACUGACCAUGGGUGAAGACGGAGAGUCCUGCUACAGCGGAGGUCUAGAUGGAACCAUCAGGUGUUGGAAAAUGCCGGACCUGAAUGUGGAUCCCUACGAUAACUACGAUCCUGGUAUUGAAAGCAGUGUACUAGCAGGCCAUGAGGACAGCGUGUGGGGUCUGACUUACUCUGCAGUUCACCAUCGUCUUGCCUCAUGCUCAGCAGAUGGCACCAUUCGCAUCUGGGAUCCUCAGAACUCAUCCCCCUGCAUGUCUGUCUUCAAUAAGGAGAGAGAGCACGGAACACCUACCUCAGUGGCCUUUGUGGCCACUGAUCCCAACCAGGUGGUGGUGUCAUUUGACGGUGGUGAGACGCUGCUCUAUGACCUCAAUACAGAGCAGAGCGUCACUAUGCUAGAUACACAGACCAAAGAUGGCAGUGAGCUGAUCAACCGUGUCGUCAGUCACCCAUCUGAGCCCGUCUCUAUCACUGCACACGAGAACCGCACCAUCCGCUUCGUGGACAACAAGACGGGUAAAGUUGUCCACUCAAUGGUGGCACACUUAGAUGCAGUCACCUGUCUUACUACAGACCCUAAAGGCACUUACCUCAUCUCUGGCAGCCACGACUGCUCAGUGCGCUUAUGGAUGCUGGACAACAGGACGUGUGUGCAGGAGAUCACUGCCCACAGGAAGAAGCAUGACGAGGCCAUUCAUGACGUGGCCUUCCACUCUUCCCAGCCCUUCAUUGCCAGCGCUGGCGCAGAUGCACUUGCCAAAAUCUUUGUCUGACAUCGCUGUCGUCAUUUUGAGUCCUACAUUAAUAACUGGGCCAAAAGAGACUGAAGACUACAGUGGACACAUUUCACCUGCUCACACACACACAUACAAAAUUUGUCCUGCACCCCACUGGCUGGGUCAUCGCCACAGGACGUCAACUCCACCCUCCCGGCUCCCAAAAUUCCUCACUGUUCUCUAAAGGCUCAGUGACUUCUUUCUGCCAGCGGUUAUCGCAAAGCACUUCGUGUGUAUGCUUGUGCGCUUCAAGUGCUGACACACUGCUUGCAUUUCACUGAGAACCAAGGAGGAAACACUUCAUUUUAAGUCAUUAAAACAUUGCUUGUGGCUAACACUGAUACGUAGGUGUGACCUAAAGGAAUAACGGAUCUCGAUGUUGACAGAAAACACCUGAACCGACCUCUGCAUUGGGAAUCGACGCAUUACAUUCCAAAGACUCCGGGUAGAGGAUGUGUGGUGUUGGAGGAUGUUUACCUUAGUUGUGUGUGACGUAAGGAAGCACUAGAAAGAGGCUAAAAUAGCGUUUGAUCAAAUAGCUUUAAUUUCAACAUUGUCAGAAAGACACCCUAGUUGCAUUGUAUGUCUGAUUGUUAUAGAGUCCCCAUGAUUCUGCCUCUAGUUGUGUGUGUGUGUGCGCGUAAGAUUAGCUGUCACUUAGAUUCCUCUCACAAACUUUACUUAUUUCUAUAUAUGUACAGUUUGAAAUCGACCAUGCAAAUUGAGUCUCUCACACUGCGUUAACCAGCUUAGGAUGGAUCUCAUUGAGCAUAGUUCAAGUCUACCUUUAGAGAGGUGUGAGGCUGGUCUGGUGCUUUUUACUGUACAGAGGAUUGUGUGUGUGUGUGUGUGUGUCCGUAUGUUUGUAUAUGCACUAGUUUAACCACGGUGCUAUGAAGACCUCGUCAGUCUUGAGUCAGAAUCAGGGACAUGUUUUGUGAUUGUUUCUCUAUGUUGAGUAAAAUCAUCAUUCACGUGACACUUCACUGUUGGAUCAUUUGAUUAACUGCGUUCAAACUUGAGAAUUGACAGUCGGUGUUAGUUAGGUUUUUCAUUAGAGGGAUGUGCAUAAGGUCGGCCCGUGAUUGUUCCAGGCUCGAAGAGUGCAUCGAGCAGGUAAUUAUAUUAUAACGAAGGAGCUCAGAUGAGAGAUGGGCUCUCUGAGGUCAGUGCCAGUUUUUUGCGGGAGGCUCUCGGCUGUUUUUUAUUUAUUCGGGCUUUCAGAAAAGCCUCGUAUCACCUUCACUUGAGUGUCAAGGUGAGGAUUUCUUGUUCUUGAAUGAUGUACACGAGUAGCAUAUUAGCCAGAGAACGACUAUUGUAAAACUUGGAUCCUCUUGCUGUAGAGGGGAUGCUGGAAGGGUAAAAAUACUCCACUUAAAAUUCCGCCACAAAUAGGAAGCAUUGAUUUUUAUUUUUUUUUUAUAAGAUGUGUGGGUGUCACUUGAGCUCAGUGACUCAGUUUAGUAUGUAACCCAUCUAGCUAAUAUGUUAUAAUUCUGCUAGUUUUAAGAAACCCAGACAACGUUUGGCUCAGUUGGAGGCGGUUAUUUUGAGACCCACGUUUCUUUGCAUCUUCAUUUCUGGUGGUAACUACAGGGCAGCUUGUUUGCUUUAAGUUGCCUCUUCACAGCUGACCUCAACUCAGAUUAGCCAAGCACACUAUUGGUCAGAUGUCAGUUGAUAGUAGGCUGGAGGUAAACACGCAGUCACUGGGGACACUAGCAUUCAUAGUUCAUUUAUAUAUAUAUAUAAUAUUAUUUUCAAACAGGGUGGUGGACUGUUGUGUGAAAUUAGACAAGAUGUCACACUGCUGUUCCUUUGACAUAAGUCUGUCAAAGAAAACAACACGGGGCAACUACAUUGUUGUACUGCUGCUGGGCAUAACGUCCUCUCAUCACAUUGACAUUUUGGCCCCCUUGUUGCACUACAUCUAAAAGUGAAUGCUUUAGCUUACAAGAGAAUAGACAGGGUGCAGAAAUAAUGUUUUGCAGGUAUUUCUUAUACAAUCUGAAGUGAAUGCUACAAGGGUGGAACUGCUGCUGUUCACGGUUAAUUGACAGCGGGAGAUAGUGACACUGUCUUUUCACUCUGAGCCCCUGGGCCCCUGCCUGAGAAUGAAGACAAAUCAGUAUGACACAUCACAAAAAGAAAAAUAGAAAUCGAAGCAGAGGUUGUAAAUGAUGGUUAAAGUUGCCAUUUCGUGCUGUAAAUGUCCAUCAUUUCUUUGUUUUCUUUUUUGUUUUUUUUUUUUCUCUCUCCUUUGGUUAUGAAUAUGAUUAUUAAGAUGUAAGAAUACUGUAGUAUCAUAAGUGAAUCAUUCUUCCUUGCUAGGCAUAGAACUUGCUUGUGAUUGAUAAUGGCAAUGUACAACUUGUAAAAAAGCAAAAUGAUUAAAAAACAUGAAAAAUAGAAGAAAACUAGAUUUAAAAAACAAAACAAAAACAAAUCUGUUACCAGUCAGAGGCCAAGGUAAAGGACUCUCAUUUCUUUGUGUUUUUAUUUUUUUAUUAGCAAUUUAUCACUGUGUGAUAUUUUGUACAUCAUAUUAAGCUGUUUUCAAUUUCCUCUAACUACAAGGGAUAAGAGACCUGCUUUUUAUUAAUUUGUCUUAUUAUAUAUUUUUGAACUGCAUUUUAGCUUGUAUCAAAUGACUUUCUCUUUUUGUUUACGGGUCCCCUGUUGUAUGUCAUUAAGGAAGAAAAGAAAAAAAAAAAUGAAAAUUUUGUACAGUGAAUUGA